GUCGAAGCAAACGUCACCCACCCACCCUCGCCCCUCCCUCCCUCCAUCCUCCACAAACCUGAGGAUGAGUAAUCCAAUAACCGCGGGAGAGAGAUGCUGAGAGAGAUAUAACAGGAGGGAGAGGGGAAGGGAGGGAGAGAGAGGGAGGGAGGGAGGAAGGAUAUUAACUCAGCAUCAGCAUCGGUGAACGUGCAGAACGUGACGAUGAAAAUGUAAAAGCUGUCAGCUGCUCGGAGAGGACUAAAUCCUGGGAGUCGAACACGCAAAGAGAAGCUGAAAUAUUAAAUAUCACACUUCAUCACUGGAGCAACAGAGAGAGAGAGAGACAGACAGACAGACAGACAACCCCCGAAAAGAAAGGUUUCCAUUUCUGUGGCGUGUGGAGCGACUACUCUCUGGAUCGUGGCUCGUUUGUCUGGACGAUAACCUGCUGACAUCUCAUCUUUUGGGUUGUGGGGACAGACUACAUCUUGGACUCCAUCCAAGCCUGCUUUAUUUUUUAUAUAUUAGGGAUGUAAUGUUGCGUCGUCAAUCGAUAUAAAUGUGUAAAAGACUACAACGUAUACGUACUAGGACGUACUCCACUUCAGAUGUCACUAUAGGUCUUCUUAGUUAAUUUAUUUGAAGAGAUUUUGCUUGUAUUUAUUUAGUUAUUUCGAUGCUGGAUUUAUAAAAUCCUGAGAGAAUUAUAUUGUGAAUUUAGCAUCGUAGCAAAUGGUGAGUUGAGUGUAUCGUUGCAUCCUGACAAAGUAGGUGCUUAAAGAAUCUGCCGCUCCUCCUCCUCCUCCACAUGUGGUGCUCCAGAGGCUGGGAUCUGGCUAACAUCUGGAACCAGUGAUCCAUAGCAGCAGCAGAAGAAGCCACAUUUCCUUCUGUGGUCCCGGUAACCUGUUUCCCGGGACGUGGUUAAUCUCUGGAUCAGCAUGUCUGGCAUGUUCUGCUUCUGCCUGCACAGUUCGCUGCUGAAGCUCCAGAGGCUGGAGGUGGAGGGGGGCCCGUCGCUGCGUCAGUCCCCCGAGGAGAGCCACCCUGCCCUGGGCAGCAAGGAGCAGAAGAGCCCCUCUGGCCCCAUGGAGCUCGGAGGGGUCCCCGCGGAUGAAAACAGCCCCCCAGGUCAGCUACCGGUCCUCAGCAGACCUCCUCUGUCUCCUCGUCCCACGCCGUUGACCUCCAUCUACCCUCAGCAGCCCCCCAGCCCCCCCGACGGAGCCCCCCCCUCCCCCCAGCCCCCCCCACCCAGCAGAGGAAGCGGGGCCUCUGCUGCGCUUGCUGGGGGGGCCAGCCCUCUGCCCUCCCCCCGCUGCCCCAGCCUCAGCCACCGGUUCAACUCUGACCCCGACAGCGCUCCAUCGCCGCCCUGCAGCCAGCAGUACAUACUGUGUCGGGGUCCGGACCGGGCCGAGGGCUCGGAGGACCAGGCGUGCCCCCCCUCCAUCCAGUCCCUCACCAGACACAUCCAGGCCCUGAAGAAGAAGGUCCGCCGGUUCGAGGACCAGUUUGAACACGAGAUGAACUACCAGCCGUCCCACAACGAUAAAUACUCCAACCCAGAGAUGGUCCGAGUCAUGGGGGACCUGGCCAAGGCUCGCAAACAGCUCAAAGAGAUGAGACUCAGACAGUCGGUGUUUGAGUCCGAUGAGCCGGACGGACCAGAGAACAGCUGCAGGUCGCCGAUGGACCAGCAUCCGUCUCUGGAGGAAACGGUGGAGUCUCUAUUCAGACGUCUGAGAGAGAAGAAACAGGCUCUGGGUCUGCCAGACGACACCAAGGAGAUGACUCAGGCUCAGCUGGUGCUGGAGAAGAUCACUCUGCAGAAAUGUCUGCUCUACUUUGAGAGUCUGCACGGCCGAGCGGGAGUGAAACAGAAGAACGUGGUGAAGCCGCUCUAUGACAGAUACCAGCUGAUCAAACGUUUACUGUGUGCCAGCCCGACUAUCACCACCAUAGAGGAAGAGGACGGUUCUGAUGAAGACUCCCUGCCCGCCACUGCCCCCCCUCCCCCCCGCACAGCGUCCAGCGAGAGGGGCGUCGAGCGGGACAGCCAGCCGCGGGACGGCGAGCAGCGGGACGGCGAGCAGCGGGACAGCCAGCAGCGGGACAGCCAGCAGCGGGACGGCGAGCAGCGGGACAGCCAGCAGCGGGACAGCCAGCAGCGGGACAGCCAGCAGCGGGACGGCGAGCAGCGGGACAGCCAGCAGCGGGACAGCCAGCAGCGGGACAGCCAGCAGCGGGACAGCCAGCAGCGGACAGCCAGCAGCGGGACAGCCAGCAGCGGGACGGGCGAGCAGCGGGACGGCCAGCAGCGGGACAGCCAGCAGCAGGAUGGCGAGCAGCGGGACAGCCAGCAGCGGGACAGCCAGCAGCGGGACAGCCAGCAGCGGGACAGCCAGCAGCGGGACGGCCAGCAGCAGGACGGCCAGCAGCGGGACAGCCAGCAGCGGGACAGCCAGCAGCAGGAUGGCGAGCAGCGGGACAGCCAGCAGCGGGACAGCCAGCAGCGGGACAGCCAGCAGCGGGACAGCCAGCAGCAGGAUGGCGAGCAGCGGGACAGCCAGCAGCAGGAUGGCGAGCAGCGGGACAGCCAGCAGCGGGACAGCCAGCAGCGGGACAGCCAGCAGCGGGACAGUGAGCCGGCCUUGGUGUCCCCGUUAGCCGAAGUGAAGAACGUCUGUCCGCCUGCGGCUCUCACAACAGCCAACCUGCACGAAGCCUCCAGGUCUGAUCUGCUGCGCUGUCUGCGCCAGACGAGGGCGGAGAAGAAGCUGCGCCGUAAAGCUCUGAGAGAGUUCGAGGACGAGUUUCACCGCCAGACGGGAAGGGUCUUCCAGAAGGAGGACCGUUCUCCGAUGAAGGAGGAGUACCAGGACUACAAGCAGCUGAAAGCUAAGCUCCGCCUACUGGAAGUCCUGCUCAGCAAACAGGAAGUCCCCAGACCCAUGUGACAGGAAACAGGAAGUCCCCAGAGCCAUGUGACAUGAAACCGAAGUGGCCAAAAGCCCUGAAACGGCAGAGCGGAGGCUAACGGAGGCUAACGUAGCUCCGACUCAGCUGCUACGUCUACAGUAUGUUGUUUCAGAGCCUGGGAUUGGCCGACAGUUGAACCAAUCACUAUUCUUGCAUGCAAAAAAUGCAAAAAAAAUGCAAAGUCAUGUUUCUGUAGAACGGGAAAGACUCUUCCACUUCCUCUCCAAACUGUAAAAACUGUAAAUACUCCAGAGAAGUUUUUUUAAAGCACGGAAAGAGUUCAA